GCACAAUAGUAUAGUAUAGUACAGUGUAGCAAGAAGAGUGGGAAAAGAGAAUGGCAUCUGUUGGACAACAUGACACAAGAUCUGAGUUGGCAGAGCUGCUCAAAAGAAGGAAUGAGUUAUCUGAAAGUCUGGCCAAUUUAGAGCGACAAAUCUAUGCUUUUGAGGGAAGUUAUCUUGAAGAUACAAUUGCGUAUGGUAAUGUUAUAAGAGGUUGGGAUGGAUACCAAUCUCAAAACAAAUCUCAAGGCACAAAAGGUGAACGAAAACGAAAGAAGUUUUCUGAAUCAGAACGUUUAUUUUCACGAUCUUCAGUAACUUCUCAAAUGGCAAAUGCCGCUCAUUCUACUGCUGUUCACGUCCACCAACCUUUGGGAGUGGGAGACUCACUCAACGAAGACCUCAAUGACUCCAAUGAUGAGCUGAGUGACUCCCAGUCCCAGUGCUCCACCAUGAGCGACAAAACCACACCCCAUAAAGAAAAGGAUGGUAAAAAAGAGGAAAGGAUGAGAGAUAGAGGUCCACCAACUAAGAAACGAAAGUACAAGCACCACAAGUAGCUUUGUAUAUAGCACAGACCGUCAAUUAUAAUUGCUCACACCGUCAUUAAAUUAAAUUUGUACACCGUAACAAAAAUUAAUAUGUCAACGAUAUAAUUAUACUAAGAUA